CACGGUUCAGUCUCAACUCAUUACGCUUCAGAUAAGCAUAAUUAUUCCCUCCUCGUCAGGUCCCCAAUUCCAACAUCAUGAGAAGCAUCAAGCAACUAGCUCAAACAAAUGGCGGCCUCGCCUCCAUUCCCACCGCUUACAACUUCACUCCCAAUAACAUCCAUCAACCAGUUUCGGAUGGAUUAUUUGAGGAUUCCAUCCCUACCAUCGACUUCUCUCUCCUUACCUCUGGUACUCCCGAGCAACGGUCCAAGAUCGUCAAUGAAAUUGGCAAAGCCUGUCAAGACUGGGGCUUUUUCGUGGUGAUCAAUCAUGGUGUGCCGGAGAGCCUGAUGAAGGUGAUGAUUGAGACUUGUGGAGAGUUUUUCAAACUGACGGAGGAGGAGAAGCAGGAACAUGCAGGGAAGCAUAUUUUGGACCCAAUCUUUUAUGGCACCAGCAUUAAUGGUGCAGCGACCCAAGUGUUAUUUUGGAGGGAUUUUAUCAAGUUUUUCGUUCAUCCCAAGUUUCACUGUCCGGCCAAGCCCAUUGGGUUUAGAGAGAUUUCAAUGGAGUACAGCAAAAGAACGUGGGAAGUAGCCAGAGAGUUGAUGAAAGGAAUAUCAAUGAGCUUGGGGUUGGAAGAAGGUUACGUAGAAAAGGCAAUGAAUUUGGAUUCGGGUUUACAGCUUGUGGCUGCAAACCUGUAUCCGCCAUGUCCACAGCCGGAAUUAGCAAUAGGCUUACCUCCUCACUCAGAUCACGGCCUCUUGACCCUUCUUAUUCAUAAUGGGAUCUGUGGCCUUCAGGUGCAGCAUAAAGAAAAGUGGGUCAACGUAGAUUCCAAUCCCAAUGCAUUCGUGGUUAACAUUGGCGAUCAAAUGGAGAUAUUGAGUAACGGCAAGUACAAAAGUGCUUUCCAUCGGGCACUUGUGAAUGGAACGGAUGCAAGAAUAUCGAUACCAAUAUUGUACGGACCAGCACUGGAAACAGUUGUGAGCCCACCACCAGAGUUGGUUGACAAUGAAACCAAUCCACCAGCAUUUGCGGGAAUGACGUACAGGGAGUACUUGGAAAUGCUGCAGGCCAAAAUCAAUGCCAAAACAUUGUCUCACAAGUAACUAGAAAUUAUUGUCCAGAAUAAGGGCCACCUCUCUAUCAGUCUAUCUAUCUGUCCAUCCAUAAAAUACAUGUAGUAGUGUCGAGUGUCAAUUUAAAAGCCUAAAACACUUUAUAUUUAAUAAAUAUCUAUUAGUUUCAUCAAUUGAAAUGAAAAUAAUGUUGUUGUAAAAUGGAUGUCAGCAUUGGAAUAUGUUAUUAUUCCAAAUAUCAUUAGGAGUUUUGUGUAGCCCUAGUAAGGCAACAGUUGGUCAUCAAUAAAAGAUUGCCUCGUAUGUUUAUUUUGCAAA